AUGUCCGCAUUAGACAAAUCCUUGGAUGAAAUCAUUAAGUCUUCCAGAAAGGCUAGAAAAGUAGGAGGACCAAAGAAAACUGCUCCAACCAAAAAAGUUGGUGCAGGUGUCACUAAGAAGGCCAAAAUUGUCGGCUCAAAGGCACCAAAGAAGGCUCCUGUUGUUUUGAAGAAGGCUAAGGUUGCUGAUAACAAGCCAGGCUUUGACUUGACUUAUGCAACUAAGGUUGUUGUUUCCGGGUUACCCCGUGACAUCAAGAUUGACGGAAUUAGGGAUUUUUUUAAUUCUCAAGUUGGAGGUGUGCAAAGCUUGUCUUUGACUUACAACGAGAAGGGCCAAUUUAAGGGUAUUGCUACCAUUAUUUUCCGUAAUCAUAAAUCAGCCGCAUUGGCUGUACAAAAGUACAAUGGUGCACCAAUUGAUGGCGGAUCAUCCAAGUUGACCUUGGAAUUGAUCAUUGACCCUACCAAAAAGCCAUUGGCCACCAGAAUUGUUGCCAACAGUAUCAGCAGCAAGCCUGCAGCUAAGGCUAACAAGGGUGGUGCUUCUGUCAAGGGUAACGCCAACAAGAAGGCACCUGCUGGUGCCAACACCAAGAAGCCAGUUGCUAACAAGCAAGCUAAGGCUGCUGAUAAAAAGAAGAAGGGUUUGAAGGCCAACAAAGCCAAGAAGACUGUAGAACAGUUGGACCAAGAGAUGGCUGAUUACUUUGAAACUAAGCCUUAA